CGAAGCAAUUCUGAUGCUCCUUUUAUCCUUUUCCUUCCCCUUUUCUUGAUCUGAAUUUAGCCUGUUUUUCCUUUCCAAUCAUCGGUCUUUUAUUUGAGCUAGAUUUCCCAGUUCCUUAUAUCUUUGGCCUUCUGUUGGCGCCUUUGUCGAUCAGCUCUUCUCUGUUCUUAAGUUCUUGGCUUUCUUCUCCGAUACCCUUUGAUUUUUCCCUGAAAAUAUUUGCAGUGUGUUCCCAACAGCAUGAUCAACCUGUUUCAGUUAAGGGUAGACAGAGCAUGAUCUUUCGUUUCCCCUUUCUUUAACAGUCAGAUUUUCAGUCCAAAACCGGAGAAUUAUAUAUUAGAAGUCCACCACCUUUGGUUUCUUCUGUAAAGAAAUUUACCGUUCUCCUAAAGAAAGAGAGAAAUUUUACCUUUCUUUUUCAUUGGAUCACAAGCUAACUCAAGCGAGCUGAAUAAUAUAUUACUGAAGAUUUGAAUUGUGCCAAAUUCGGUCAUCUUUAGUGCUAUUGCAAGAAUUGGUGAAAGAAAGGUGCUCUUGGAGGGUUCUUGGAGCAGUACAAUGUUGGCCAAAAGAUUGAAAAGAUGCAGCAUUCUUCUGUUCGCCUUUCUCCUCGCAGACGCAUCCGGGAGUCUUCUUGAGAGCAGCGGCGGCCAGGCCGAGGCGAUCGGUCCACAGAUCUCCCCGGCGACAGAGGGCGAGGGCAAGAGGCGGUCGCUGGCGACGGGGAUGUUCUGCGUGGCGCUGCCGAACGCGGACCCGACGGCGCUGCAGGAAGGGCUGAACUGGGCCUGCGGCCAGGGCCACGCCAACUGCGCGGCGAUCCAGCCGGGGGGCCCGUGCUACAAGGCGAACAACCUGCCGGCGUUGGCCUCCUACGCCUACAACGACUACUACCAGCGCAACUCCGGCGCCGGCGCCACCUGCAGCUUCAACGGCACCGCCACCACCACCGCCACCGACCCCAGUUCAGGGCAAUGCGUCUUCUCAGGAAGCUCCAUGGCCGGAGGCACCACGCCGGCGGCGAACGCGCCGUCCGCCGUCGGCCCGUUCACGCCGGGGUUCGGCAACGGGUCGUCGCCGACGUUCCCGGGGACGGGGAGCCCCGGCGGCGCGCUGACCCCCUUCGACGCCGCCGACAGCGUCAUGUCCGGCGCUCGCCGGGCGCUCUGCGCGCUGCUGCUGGCGUCGCCGAUCUUCCUCUCCCUCGUUCUCUGAUCAGCAGUUCAGCACUAGUUGGAGUUUGUCCAUGUAAAUUAUGCAUAUGGCAUUAUGUCAUUCGUUAUAAAUUCACUCACCAGAGAGAGUCAGUGACGACUCAGGAGUCAGAGUCACCUUGACAUGUUUUAUUCCCGAGUAAAUGACCAGUGUUUAUAUGUCAGAUGUCAGAUUGGAUCAUGAAAUUAUUUUAUUUAGACCAUUUUGUGGAA